AUGCGGCUAGGUUGGCUCCUUCCGCUGCUGCAGCUUUCGCACUGGACACCGAAGCUUGUCACUGCGAACUUUUCCUGCCCGCCGAAGCUCAUGUCAACACCCUGCGUGCAAGUUGCCCUUCUUCUGCGGUUUGGGCCCAUCUCCUUGCAGCAACAUGUUCCAGACGAGUUUGCCAGCAGAGCUCGUCAACGACGCCGGGAGCUAGGAGAACUCCACGAACUCUCUGAAUCCUCCAAGUGCGGCUGUGGCCUGGACCGUGUUGCAGUUCUCCCUGUGGUCUUUGUGGAAAGCUGGAGCUCUGUGCGUUGUGCCCCGCUUUGA